AUGAUCGAUCUUCUUCUUUCACAUGGCGCAAAUAUCAGUGAAAAUGAUGGAUAUAGAUUAAUUCUCAUUCAUUGUGCAGCAUGGUAUAAUUCUAAAGAAAUAGCCGAGCUACUUAUAUCACACGACGCUAAUAUCAAUGAAAAAGAUGAAGAUGGAGAAACAGCUCUUCAUAAGGCAACAUAUUGUAAUAAUAUAGAAAUAACUGAGCUUCUUAUUUUACAUAUUGCAAAAAUCAAAGAAAAAGAUAAAUAA